AUGAAUCCUUCAUUCUUCUUGAUUGCCCUUUACUUAGGAAUAGCUUCAGCUUCUCCAAAAGUUGAUGAAAGUUUAGAGGCACAAUGGCACCGAUGUAAGGCAACACAGAGUAAGCUAUAUGGCUCGAAUGAAGAAGGAUGGAGGAGAACAGUGUGGGAGAAGAAUAUGAAAAUGAUUGACCUGCACAACCAGGAAUACAACCUAGGGAGACAGAGCUUCACCUUGGCAAUGAAUGCUUUUGGUUACAUGACCAACAAAGAAUUCACGUAGGUAAUGAACGGCCAUGAAAAACAGAAGCACAAGAAAAGGAGAGUGUUCUGGGAACCUUACGUUGCUAAAAUCCCCCCAACUGUGGAUUGGAGAAAAGAAGGCUAUGUAACUCCCACGAAGAACCAGGGUCACUGUGGUUCUUGUUGGGCAGUUAGUGCAACUGAUGCCCUUGAAGGACAGAUAUUCCGGAAAACUGGCAGACUUAUCUCAUUGAGUGAGCAGAACCUUGUGGACUGCUCUCAGGCUCAAGGCAAUGAGGGCUGCAAUGGUGGCCUAAUGGAUAAUGCCUUCCAGUAUGUGAAGUCCAAUGGAUGCCUGGACUCAGAGGAGUCCUAUCCAUAUCGUGCAAAGGUUGGACCCUGCAAAUACAGGCCCGAGGAUUCUGUUGCCAAUGACACUGGCUUCGUGGACAUCCCUGAGCAGGAGAGUGCCCUCAUGAAGGCAGUGGCAACCGUGGGGCCCAUCUCUGUUGCUAUGGAUGCAAGCCAUCUUAGCUUUUGGUUCUAUGAAGAUGGCAUUUAUUAUGAGCGGCACUGGAGCAGCGUAGAUCUAGAUCAUGGUGUACUGGUGGUUGGCUAUGGCUUUGAAGGAGAAGAAUCAAGUAACAAUAAAUAUUGGAUUGUCAAGAACAUCUGGGGUAAAGCUUGGGGCAAGAAUGGCUACAUAAAGAUGGCCAAAGACCGGAACAACCACUGUGGAAUCGCCACCGUGGCCAGCUAUCCUACUGUGUGAGAGGAUGGUGAUAAAGAAAGACUUGAUUGAGAACAGGA